AGGAGGAGUACAACUCCACUUUCGUCAGCGACAGCAACGCCAGUGCCUGCGAGCAGAAUAAAAGCAGCCCGGCUUACAUCAAGCAGAAGUGCACUGCUCUGACACACUCUGUGGCCAUGGGAUUGCUGUAUCUCACGUGGGAAUGGCAGAGGGAACACAUUUCCAGAAGAGGUACAAUAGAACCAUCCUUGGCAACAACAACUGGCAGUUAGGUUGGAUCAAGUGGAACAUGAAACCACUGUAGGGUCAGAAGAGUAGAUGACUCAGACUGUAAAUUACAUGGAAGACAGAGUUAUAUUACAUGGAAACAGUCAGCUGGCAUUCCCCUAUGCUGCUGAAAAGGAAGUUCAAGAAAAAGCCUCUAUUUUUAAUAUGCAGUUGGACUUAACUGGGGCAGUUCCCAGCCUUAUAGUUGCCUUUGUCAUUGUAGCUAAUGGGGAUCGCCAGGGACGCAAAAGGUCUUUAGUUUUACCAUCAACGGGAGCUUUGAUUGCUGAUAUUUGCCUCACUGUAAUAGCGUAUUUUUCCUUGUCCCUCUCUAUCCUAUUUGCGGUUGCAUUUGUUACUGGACUGUUUGGGAGUAUGGCAACUUUCCUUGGAGGAGGCUUUGCUUUUAUAGCAGAUGUGUGUCACGAUGAGAAGCAGAAAACAACACGAAUAGCUGUGGUGGAUUUGAUUUUUGGAGUUGUAUCUGGAUUGGCAGGGCUGUCAUCUGGCUACUUUCUAAGAGGAAUAGGCUUUACAUGGACAUUUGUGACAGCAUCUCUGCUUCAUGUCAUUAAUAUUAUCUAUAUUAUAUUUUUUCUGGAAGAUACAGUAGGCGUGUCUGAAUUCCAGCAUGAGGCACCAGUAUCCUGUAAAGAACUUCUUAGAGAGACAUUUUGUGGCGUGUACAUGCUUUUUAAAACUGCCCCUUAUAAAAAGAGAAUUUUGAUAAUUGUGUUACUUUUUAUAUUUAUGACUUAUUUGUUUACUAUGGUUGGUGGGAGUUCGCUUUUUACACUGUAUGAACUGGAUGAGCCACUCUGCUGGAAUGAAGUAUACAUUGGAUAUGGAGCAGCUGCAUUCACUUCUGUUUCUCUGACCAGUUUUUUAGGAGUUUACUUAUUUUCUAAAUGUCUCAAAGACAUUUAUAUUGUCUUUAUCGGGAUAUUUUCUUACAUUGGAGGAAUGGUCAUGGCUGCCUUCGCUAAAACUACCCUGCUCAUGUUUUUAGUAAGAGUGCCAUCUUUGCUCUGCUUUAUGCCUAUUCCUGUUCUCCGAUCCAUGCUGUCAAAAGUGGUUCUCACUGGUGAACAGGGUGCUGUGUUUGCUUGUAUUGCCUGUUUAGAAGUUGUGACCGGCACUAUUUCACUUUCAGUUUUUAAUAUUCUCUAUGCAGCUACUGUUGCAUGGUUUUCAGGCUUUAGCUUCCUCCUAUCAGCAGGCCUUUGUCUAAUUCCGCUGGCUGUGCUAUGCUGGCUUCUGUGCACAAGCUGGAAUGGGGAGGACUUGGCUCUGCUUGUACCUGAAGAAGUAUCCAGCAUAGAGAGCACUGACAGUUGAACAAAGGAUUCACCUACCUGGGUUUUCUAACCUGACAUGCAGUGGCAGAGACCAUUAUGUCAUACAGAGACCAUAGAGAUAACACAACAGUUGCAGAUGCAAUCUCAAAGUGGCCCUGCAGCAAUAAGCACUAAAUUGGUAGCACUCUUUAUCCAGUCUCUUAUUUAGCACAUGAAUAAAGCUAGCUCUUAUACUUCACUAUGCAAAUAGGCUGGCAAUGGAGAUUUUAAUGCUGCUUUCAGCAUGAAGAAAAAAAUAAGAUAGGAUGAUACCCUUUCUCAAGUUUGAGAAUGUCAGCUGUGUAUUGUGAUACAUCUUGUAUCAUUCUAAGCAGGGCGACAGAGAUAAGCUUAUCAACUCAGAGGGUGCUGGCAAUUCCACUGAAGCCAGUGGAGCUCAUGCCAGCUGAGGAUGCGGUCCACUGUGUACAUCUUAGAAGGCCUGUCUUAAUGGUGAAGACCCCAAAGCUGUCUAAAAUUACUAAACUAAAUGGUAGUUUUUUCAGAAAGCAACUAAACUGGAGGCAGUACUUGCACCUGCUUUAAGUAGACUUACUGCUCUGCAGUUAGCAGAGACCGUUUGUAUAAGUAAGUUUAAUGUAUGAUGUGUGGACCUUGCCUGUGACUUAGUUCUUAAAAGGGAUUUUCACACAGAACUGUCAUACUUAGAAAAUUUCCAGCUUGCAGAGUGUGAAGUUAUGCCUAUGCCUACAUUUUGCAGAGGCCACAUUGCACAUUUAUUUUUAUUGUUUUCCAUAUAUUAGGGACUGCAGAUAGACACCUCUAUUUUUUGUCCCAUAGAUACUUGUUUUGUAGUUAAGUUGGCUGUACUGAGCUUAAAUGUUUCUUCUAGUUAAAGGCUGUAAUAGCAUUUCUUUUCAGUGGGUCUUUGAUUGUUUUUUAACAACACUGAAAUGAGGUGACCAAAUCUGAAUCAUGCAUCUGAUCAUCUUGCAGUGAAUGCAGCAUAAUUUAUAAGCACUUGAACAGCACUUCUCAUCUUCAAAGCACUUUACAAAUGCUGUUAAGAACCUCCUUCCAUAAUAGAUAUUAUCCUCCCUGUUGCACAGAGAGAGAAAUUAACAGAGAGGACAAGUGACUUGCCCAGGGCCACAGUGCAAACUGGUGACGCUGCCAAACUUAGAAAUCAGUUUCUACAUUGACUCUUUACCUUUUUGCUUGAGAUCUUUAAGUAGAAAUUAUCCAGAGUAUUAGCUUCUGGAAUGCACAGCACAGCAGAAGUGUAAAGAUAACACCACGUUAAGGACCACUUCCAUGUGUUUUUUUCAGAGGAAGUUUGACAGUCAAUACUGUUCUGAUCCCUGAAAGUACAGGUAGGUUGUACCUGACUCUCUUCCCCCAGAACAGAUUAGGUAGAGAAAUCAAAAUAAAGUGGUUGACAUUUACAGACGGAAGACUCUAGGAAAGCAACUACAAUAUGGGAACUGACUUCACAUGCACACUGCAUAGGAUAAAAAUAAAGACGGACAUAGUAUAUGCUGUAUAAAAUUCUCUGCUUACAGCAAUUAAUAUCCAUCACAUGAACAGAGUACUCUUCAGAGCUUCUCAGUGGCACUCCACCAAAAAAAUUAGUACUACAUCAUGAUACUAUUGUUUGAAUGACAGCAUUGUUUCCAAGCUAUAUAUCAUGAUCACCAAGAAGUUUGAAAGAGGGUUCAAAUAAGGUAAAGGAGAGUUUACCCUACCCAGGAGACUGUCACUGGUGGAAACAGUGCUGUUUAUCCAGGACAGGGGCAAUGAAUAUUUACACAGCUAGUAACUAUAGCCAGCUCUUACACUUCUGUCCUGAACUACCAAGGCUGAUUUUGACAAUUAAAGAUCAUUACCUUUUCCCAGCUAGUUUAGACACUGGCCAGUAAAUAAAAGCGCUUAACUCUCCUCCCUUGAGGUGCCCAAGUUGCUGCCAACUUGUUGGAGAAGCGAGCAGUUUUACAAUAAUCAGUGGGUCCACAAAAUAAUGAGUGUUUGUAGAGAGAUUAAGAAAACACUGAUGUAAAGGAUUUCAGCACAAAGAUUACAUUGUCCUCCUUGCCUCUUGAUUAUGCAGUUAUGUAAGGCUUUAUGAAAUUAACUAUUUCGCACAAAACUGCCUGGAAAAUGUAAAGCAAAUGAAGAAGGGGUGUGUGCCUUCGCUUUCCCUUCAAUGCACACAUCUGCUGGCACUUGUAAGGCGGCAACAAAGCAAGCCAGUUCUGCAGUGGCGUUGUGUCGGUCCAAACGAGAACAAGCACGUAACCUUCAGGAAUGGCUUUGUUGUGGUUUGAUUUUGCUGUACAAAGUACUUGCUGUUUACAAAUGAUUUCUGGUAGAUGCAGCAUUUAGAACUGGCUGUAAGUUUAGGUCAAAACACAUGAAGGAUAUGAACUAUCUUUUUAAAGUGCCUAGCACGGUGCAAGCUGAGGAAACCAGGUACUAAUAUGCUUCACAUUAUCAAAUGAAAAUCUUCAAAGUUUAUAAUAGUUGCUCUAUUUGUAUAUAAAUGCAAAUUAUUUUGACAGAAACUAAUAAUGAAGUUUGUUUUUUUAAACUCUAUGUUGAAGUUCUUGCCUUGUUUUUUGACAAAUGGCCAACAGGAUUACUGGUGGAGGACCGUUUAUGUAAACGGAAGCAGCAGCACUAUGGUAUCAUCUAUUUUUUGUGGUCAUAACAAACAAACAGCAGUGCAGGUAGAUGUGCUUUUGCCCCCCUCCUGCGCUUGGGGAGAGGAAAGAUUGCUGCCCAGAACAUCAGCACCAAGAGGAGGUGGGGAAUUGCAGAGCAGGGACAACACUGCUGCUUGCAAGAAGUCAGCACGGUGGGGGCUUGUGUUGCACCUAUUAGACCAGCAGAUCCAUAAGUGCCUUCCUCCCCUCGCCCAGGUUGGGUCCAACGUGAGACCAAGGCUGGCUCUGUCCCAGCUCCACUUGCCAGCACACCUCACUUGGCUCACCUCCGUGGGUUGCUACUUGCCAGGGGGCUUGUAGAAACAGGGAGAAGGGGCUGGGCCAGGAAGACCAGUCCCCACCCCAACCCACUGCAACACCACAUAAGUGUCACCCUUCCUUUUUAUCUCAAAACCUCUUUGCCUCAGUCCUGUUCGACUCCCAUUACUUUAUUAACCGCAUAAAUUCUUGCACAGGCCAUACCAUUUGCUUUCCAGCCUGGCUAACCCCUAAGAUCAGCUUCCUUACAGACAUAACGAACAAUACAACUUCCUUGCUUUGAAUAUGGCUUGACCUCACCCAAGUUUGUAAUAAAGUAUACUAAUUGUUGAACAAAACCACCUAGAAAUUGCAUCCAGCCUCCUCAUCUGUGUCCAGUCUUCACUGCACUGAUGACAAAGUGUACUAAGUUACUUGUCUUAAUGUAGUUUUGCUCAGAUACAAUAGCAUCCAUCUUUCAACUAACACCAGGAAAGGCCAACUAGCUAGAUACACUGAGGCAGGGAGCUGUAAGGUACCAGUAACUGUGUAGAACUGUGGGAUGGCUCCCUGUUUUCUGGAACAGGGCUAGUAGGAAGGCAGACCUGAAAAUCCUCUUAAAAAUCCAUGCCCAUUCCUUAAUUUGUCCCAGACCUGGCAAAGUAAUCCCUCAGCCCUCCUGGCCUGAGCCUAAAGCAACAUAAAGCCUACUGAACUCUAACCUUGCUUUAUAGCAAUAGUUUACUUUUGCUUUAUGCAAAACUGCCAAGAAACUUGUCAAUUAUAAAAUAGCAGUCAAUUCUGAUGUUUAGUAAAGUAUAUCAGCUCAAAGCAAGACCAGGACAGCUAUGGAAAACAAAAUAGUGUUUAGGUCUACGCUUGCACAUUUGAUUUGUCCUAUGUAUAACUUCACUAAGGCAAAAAAUACGAAGGAAAGAGGUUAUAUUUCAUAGCACAAGCCUCUAAUCUCUGCAACUCUCAAGUGAAAAACAAUUUUAGAAGCUUCACUCUUUAAAUGAAACAAGUUUAAAUAUAAAAACAAACCACCAGUAAAGUGUCUCGUACUGUGCCAUCUCAAUGUUUUUAAUUUGCUGCAAUGUUUUGCAAGAGAUGCACAUAAAAGCACUGUAAAAUUUACAGGACAGAAGCUAGAAGCUUUUGUCUACGUGGAUAGGGAGUUUGGGGCAGCUUUAAGCACACUGAAAAGCACAAGAGAUGUUUGGGAUUGUGAAAAGAGGUUUACAGCAAUAUUUCUGCUAAAAUUAUCUACAACAGAACACUAAGCGCACUUAGCAGUUUAAACAAGUCAUUCAAACCUGCUGAAUAAAGACAGUUCCUGGCUUAGAAAUACUGUUUCAGGCUCUCCACAUAUGACAAGAGAUGACAUCUUUUGAACCACAGACAUUUUUUUCCUCUUGAUACACCACAUCAUACUAGCUGCCUUGCAGGGUUUAUAUGUGAUACAUGCACAUGUAUGAAAUCAGGAAAUAGUUGUUAUAACCCUGAAUUUAAUAACACACACACCCCUGCCCCGCUUAAGCGAACAAAAAAACCUUUCAUUGGCCUGCUCCUUUAAAAGGUGUAUUUAAGUAUAGGUCUCAUUCUCCCUUAAUUAAGAUCUGGUUUUGGUAAACCCACAAAACAUUAUUUCUGUAUUUGUCAUGUAGUACCGCUGUAUCUUCAUGUUCUCACUGCAGCAGCUUUAUUCGGUACUAUCCUAAUUAGGCACUGCAUUCCUUCUGAAUACUUAAAUACCUAGAUCUAGGAAUGCUCUUUUGGAUUACGUUCCCACAUGGAUUUUAAAGCACUUCUUUAAACUCCAAGUGGAACUUGCUUCUACUUCCAGAAACCAGAAUAUCCUCUCAGGGACACAGAUGAAAAAAAUCCAGACCUUUAACUGCCUUCUUACAGCAAUACUUCCAAUUCUACACAAAAGCUUAAUGGCUCACUCAUGAACAACUGUCAACGGGGGGGGGAUAAAAUGUAUGUAGCAGGAUUCCAGUGGCAGUGUAGAAGUUAAAGAUCUUCAAAGAUAUUGCAAGAAAAAGGAACAACACUGUUUGUGUUGUGGAUAAGAGAUUCUUGAUUUAUGAUUAAAUAUAUUUUGGAACGCAGCAGCAUUUAUAGCAAACCUUUAUUCAAUAGUUUAAAAAGUGUAUGGAAAUUUUCAUGAACAAAGAGUUACUCAAUGGAAAAUACCUUCUUUUCCCCCUUAAAAAGUUCCUCUGCAAGAACAUCCAUUAAAUGCAUUUACCUACAGUAAUCAGUUUUAAAAUGCAUGGGUAUUUUUGGAUUUCUUGUAUACAUAUAUAGCAUUUCCAUAGUUAAGAAGCUACUGUCCUGAGCAGUGUAUGAAGAGACAUUAUUUAAACUACCUAGUUACAAGACAUUUAUGUAAUUGACAACAAGCACAGAACAAUUUAGACUUUAAACAUUUAAUGCGCCUUGUCAUCAAGGAAGGCAAAUGAUAACUAUAGGACUGCUUAACACUGUGAGUGUCAAUUUAGUAUCAUGUAUUUAAAUCUGCAGUAUAAAGACACGCACAAAACAUUCUUGCAGAGUACGUUUUGUUACAAUAAACCAAGCUUGUAUUCCAUCAUCAUGUGUGGUUCUCCCAUAACCUCACUCUGUGAAGGAUCUG